AUGGACAGUAAUGCCUCCAACCUCAUUCCGCUCCAACUCAUGCCGGAGCAAGCCUAUGCGGGCCCGGGCAAUGAUUGGACUGGGACCAGCGACCCAAAAGCGAGGAAGAAGAUUCAAGAUCGUAUCCAUCAGAAGGCCCGUCGGCAGCGCAUCAAAGCCAGGACGAGCUACCUCUUCUGCCCACGACAGGAAGGCCGUUCUGCACCUGUUGGCGUAGCAAACAUUCCCUGUAGCGGUUUCAGCGAAGACCAAGCCGUCCCUAGUCUCUGGGCGAGCAAUGCCGUUUAUGACUCACGAAACAAUCAACCCUUUAAUCUCAGUACAUUUACAGCCUGCGAGCCAGAUUCUGAACGGACCGAGCAGUUCAUCCUUCAGUUCACCGCCAAAGCGCAUGAAUAUUUCCUCCACGGAUCACCUCGCACGGACAUGCUGAUCAACCUAGUCCAGUUUAAUACGACGAGAGCUCUAGUGACGAACGCAAGAUUUAUUGGGGUCACAAGGGAGCUUAUGGCGCCUGGUUCUCGGUCACAACUUACUUCCGCAAGUGUCGGUGUCUCAGCGUGCAAUUCGCUACCUCCAAGCCUGAAACCAACUCAUCUUCAGCUCACCACAAGUCAUCACCCUUGGAUUGAUACAUUGCCGUUACCCGAGAUUCGGGACAACUUGCUACGUCGCGACGAGAGUUCCUAUGACAAAAAGGAGUUGUGCCGUGACCUCAGAGGCUUCCAGGCGGUGGCAGAUGGCUACGGGGGUAUGAUUGUAUGGGGAGCCCCGUGGGACUCUCAGGGAUGGGAGGUCACAGACGCAUUUGCGACCAAGUGGCCGUGGGUAAUUAAUGGCUGUCACCAGCUUCUCAAGUCUACAAGUUAUUGGAGAAAAGUAAGGCAUGAACGCAGUGUAUAA